UAAAACAAACAAAAAAAAGUUUUUAUCCGGUUACUAUUUCCUCCGAGAACAAGCGAGAGAAGAAGUUGUUCAUUUGUUUCCUGUAAUGGCAACUCUUCUUCUCCAAAUUUCGUCUCAAAUAAUCUACUCUCAAAGUCAAAACCUCAAUUGCAGAAUCACUAACAGAAGAUAUUUAUGUGUUCCACUGACCACCAGUAAGACACCACCAAUUAACAACCCUCAAAAACUUAUCCCAUUUUGUUCUCCUUCAUCUUCUUCUUCUUCUUCUUCUUCUUCUUCUUCUUCUUCUUCUUCUUCUUCUUCUUCUUCUUUUUCUUCAGCUUCUUUAGUCGAAGAAGAUAAGCCCGAACCUUCCACUGAAGACUUUGAGAAGCUUCCUUUCAGGGGGUGUAAGGCGUGUGGGAGGGAAGAAGUUGAGAAGGGUUGUAAUGGUGAAGGAAGGGUUCAAGGUGGGAUAGCAACAGUCCCUGGCUUUGGUUGGUGGCCUAUUAAAGCUUACAGGCCCUGCCCUGGAUUUGUUGCAUCUGGUGGAAGAUAUAGACGACGUGGGAAAAGCAUGGAUGAGGUUGCGUGGGGAAGGACAGAAAGGGAAAUUUCCGUCAAAAUCACAGACGAGGCUCGAUCAAGCACCAAAAAGCAAAAUCCCAAAAAAUUCAAAGGGUAAGGACUCAAAGCACAGAAACCUCGUGGCAACGUCUCAUCCAAACAAAGCACAGAGUAAAUAGCUCACUGUUCGACAACCCUAAAUGAUGCAGCAAUGAGCUCAAGGGUCACAUCCCAUCUCAUUUGAAACAAUACUUCUGUUCAAGCCUUCAUCAGUUCUUUCCUUCUCUUUUCUUGAAAGGUAUAGUUGUUUGUACUUCCUCUUGAAAAUAUUGGGAACAUAUAGUUGGGGAAAUUGUAUAAUCUUUGAACAAAAUUACCGCAGAAGAAAAUAUAUGAUCAGUUUUAUUGUUAUUCUUUCAACAUCCAAACUUGUCAAUUAAGAAGUUGUUUUGCUUGAUUGAUUGUUUAGAAAUGCUGACAUAGUUAUGGUUAUAGAACUGGCAUCUGUAAUGGCAUUUUCUUGUUUUUAUCCAACUCAAAAGAGUUAUUACUGCAAAAUUUAUUUAGUCUUGACAGGUGUUUUUAGCUGCAAUAACGUUUCCCUCUAAUCACCGGAGUCUCCAAUGAUGUCUGACCAAACAAUGUAAACAAACAAUUAAAGAAAUGGGAAAAGUGGAUUUAUCUGUCUAACCAUCAUCAUGUGUCAAAAGGCUGGUUGAACACUAAAUACAAUAUCUAUCAUUGGUAAAGUUAGUAGUAGCCUUUUUAGGCUUCUUGGAUAGUUUGGCAUGUAACUCAACUUACUGGUCCAGUAUUGCCAGCAUUGUGGAGAUGUAGAUGUGAAUUAAGUUGUCAAAACAUUCAGCUGUAAAGAGAGUGGGCGGUGGCAUCAGCUCAGUGUGCUGAACACAGAGCGUAAAUACUGCGGCAGUCGUUUAUGCAGCCUGUAGCUCUUUCAAAGAGCAUCGACCUUGUAUAUUCCGUGUCAGGAUGCGCGCACCGCACACACAGUGCAAGCGCCGCUUUCCAAGCCCAUUACUUGGUAGAAAACAAUGAACGAUAUAAAAGGAGGAAAUGCUCUCUUAUUUCCGUCGAGUGAAAAUACUGGUUUUUGGUUGUUCCUGUUCAACCUAAAGAGAGAAAAUGGAAGCAGAAAUUUGUAGUAAAAUCAAAGAAACAGUGAUUGAGAUUUUGAAGAGCGCAGACAUGGAUGGGAUGACUGAAUAUAAAGUAAGAAAUAUUGCUUCACAGAAACUCGGUGGUAUGAAUCUCUCACUUCCUGAACCCAAACAAUUCGUUAGAAAUGUCCUUGAAGCUUUUCUACUCUCUACGGUGGAAGAAGAAAAACCAAUAUCAGUAUCAGAAGCAGCAACAACAGCAACGGUAGAAGAAGUAGAAGAAGAACCACCACUACCAUCACCAUUGCCAGAGGAAAUUGCUGAAGAAAAAGUAGAAGAAAAAGAAAAAGAAGAAGUAGUGGAAACCAAACCUGAGAUUGGUAAUAAAGAUACAGACGAAUAUGGUGAUGUUAUCAUUUGCAGGCUUUCGGAGAAAAGAAGGGUUACAGUUCAAGAUUUUAAAGGGAAAACUCUGGUUUCCAUUAGAGAAUACUAUCAGAAAGAUGGGAAGCAUUUUCCUUCUUCUAAAGGAAUCAGUUUAUCGAAUGAACAAUGGUCAGCCUUCAGAACAGCUGUGCCCGCAAUAGAAGAAGCCAUCAAGACAAUGGAACUAAGGUUGGGUGAGGUGUAAUACUCUUUUUGUCUCUAGACUUUGAUUAAUGUUCUUUAGGGUCCUAUAUAGUAACAUUCUUGACUUUUUUGUAAAAAGAUAAAUCGAUUGCAAUGUUCUUGAGCUGUAUUGUUGGUAAAAUUUUGGAAGGAGAUGAAUUUGGAUACAAACUUCUUUAUCUUUCUUUUGACGCCUUUACGGUGAUGUACUGUGCAUUUGUUAGCGCUGCUUUUUGUGUUAAAUAUGCGUUCAGCUUUAUGA